AUGGACUCCCCGCUUUUCCUGGGCUUCGACGUAUCAACUCAAUCAUGCAAGGCAGUAGUGGUCGAUGGAAAUCUCAACACUGUCUUUUCUACCUCCCUUAACUUCGACAAAGAUCUGCCGCAGUAUCACACCAUCAACGGAGUGUCGAUCAAAGACUCUUCAGGAGUAGCCAAGUCGCCCUCGGCGAUGUUCUCCUCUGCACUUCAGCUCUCCAUAGAGCGACUACGACGAGCCGGGUGCCCACUGAAGAGGAUAGUAUGUAUCAGCGGGUCAGGGCAGCAGCAUGGUAGUGUCUACCUCGCCGCUACAGCGAUCAAUGGCCUACUACCUGAUGAUGACGAUACUGAUGAUGAUGAAGACCUUGGAGAAUGGCAGCUCGAGCACGGCUUGUUCGCCAUGAAAGAUGGGCCCAUCUGGAUGGAUACCUCUACCAGUGAGGAGUGUCGACAACUGGCACACUGUGUUGGAGGUGAUGAUAACUUGGCGAAACUCACUGGCUCGAAGGCAUGGGAGAGCUUCUGCGCCGGUGUUCUCCUCGGACGCCCAACUCGAGUCGACUAUUCCGAUGCUGCUGGAAUGAACAUGAUGGAACUCUCCUCCCUAAAUUGGUCUCGGCCAAUAUGCGACUUCAUCGAUGGGAAGAGCGCCGAUGCUUUGACCACCAGACUGGGCGGUCAACCCGCGGACCCGAUGGCCAUCGCCGGGAGUAUUUCAACGUAUUGGCAGCAUCGGUACGGCUUCUCACCGUCCUGCACUGUUAACUACUGGAGUGGAGACAACCCGUGUGCAGCCGCCGGGAUGGGCCUCCUCAACAGUGGCGAUAUACUCGUCUCUUUGGGGACUAGUGACACGUGCCUCUGUGUGCUCCCUUCGAUGCCCGUGUCACCACCACCAUCAGCGUUCAUAUUCCCUCACCCUGUCAAGCCUGGAUCUUUCAUAGCCAUGCUAGUGUAUACCAACGGGGACGUCACUCGGAGGACUGUCAAGGGCAACAG